AACACCGGCACACGCUAGACGCUGCUGAAGGCACGUAGUAUAUAUAGACGGUGAAUAGUUUAACAAGUUACAAUUGCUGCGGCGUAAGCCCAACGGAAACAUCAUACUUCUGCCGCCCGUUUCACGACGCUUUGUCAUGCACGUAUUUUGUACGCUUGUGUGCAAGUAUACACGCGAUCAGACUGAUCUUCCCAGCGGCUGUGGAGUGGAUGUGCAUGCUGGGAGUUAUAACUAUCAUUAGUCAUAUUUGUACGCAUAUUUCUUCAUAAGAAAAUAGUAAGCAUCCACGUUCGUAGCAAAAUGGCAUGUUGGAAAAAAGAAAGCAGCUAUGCGCCACAGAGGUCGAUUCCGUACGGUGCUCAAGUCGGCAAUGUCAUCACUAUGCCCAUUUCGGGACUCCUGUGCAAGUACGGCUUCGACAACGGCUGGGGCUCCAUCUUCUAUGUUUUCGGCAUUCUCGGAGUCCUGUGGUUCAUCGGUUGGAUGCUCCUGGUGUACGAUACCCCGUCGGUUCACCCUAGAAUCUCAAAGGAAGAGCUUGACUAUAUACAGGGCAGCCUGACCGGCCAGAUACGUAAGGACAUCGACAAGCAUGAAAAGAUUCCGUGGCUGAAGUUCCUGACGUCGAUGCCAGUGUGGGCGAUCAUAGUCGCUCACUCCUGCGCUGACUGGGGCACCUACACCCUACUCACCCAAAUCCCCACCUUCAUGAAGGAGGUCCUCAAACUCGACAUCGCAGCUAACGGUCUCUUCUCGGCGAUCCCCUACGUCGGCUACUGGCUCUUCACGAACGUCGCCGGAUUCUCUGCCGACUUCAUCCGCAAGAAGAACUGGCUCAGCACGGUCGCUGUGAGGAAAUCCUACCAGUUGGUCGCUAUGGCUCUAUCCAGCGCAUUCCUGAUUGCCACUGGCUACAUGGACUGUACCAAAUCGAUAUGGGCAGUGGUCUUCCUUACACUUGCUGUGUCAGGUGCUGCUUUCCAGUACGGUGGCGAGAUGGUGAACCAGGUGGACAUCGCGCCGAGGUACGCGGGCGUACUGUUUGGCAUCGCUAACACCGUAUCUACGUUGACCGGCAUCGCUGCGCCGUACAUGGUCAGCAGCCUUACCAAGAACAAAACGCAGUCGCAGUGGCAGAUGGUGUUCUACAUCACUGGAGGAAUCUGCAUUUUUGGCGCCAUCUUUUUUGCAAUAUUCGGAUCAGGUGUGGUGCAGCCGUGGGCUAUGGCGAAAGAAGAGGACGAGGAGGAGGACAAGGAGAAGGUUGCACUGGAGCAAGAGGCAGCCGUGUAGGAACCCAACAGAGCAAUAGCUGUGCGUGGUUGUUGCGUGUCUGGGCGACGUGAGGAGCGUACCUACCGUCGGUGCGUUUCGUCUAGCUGUGAAGAGCAGUCGAUAUGCGUUACUAGCUGUGUUGGGAAGCGUGAUCUAUGCGUGGUAGCAUGUGGAUGUUCUUGGUGUCGUGUGUGUUGUUGUUAUGCCCUGGUAGUUACGGGGCUUCGUGAACUUCGGUGUGGUUUUCUGCGGUUAGGCGAGUUCAUUAGUUUGCCGUGCAUGUAGUCAGUAUUAGGGCGUGUCUGUGUAGAUAGGCAGGGAAGGGAGGGAACCAUCUCAAUGCUGCGACGUAUGCUGCAGCCAUGCGUCCGUGCCGAGUGUGAGUGGGCAUAGUGGCGGAAGCAGUAUUUGCAUGUAGUUCUCCUGCAGGCUGCCCUGCAACACUAAGCUUGUAGGCCUGGAGUCAGCCGGGGAUGCCCGAAUGCCUGCGUUAUACACCCAAGGAUAGCAGUGCAGAAUCGGUUGAGUAGCACACUCCAUCCCUGUUAACGAUGCGUAUCGUUUCGCUGAGCGAAUGAAUACAAGUUGGUUUGGGUUGGUGCGGGGACUGGCUGUAGCAACUUAGCGAUCUUAGUGCGUAAGCAUCGGCUUAGACCAGUGUCUUAGAAGCGUGGUGCUUCUCGUAUGCGGCGCGUAUUUCCUGACACACACCAUGUAUCAAUGGCUUCGAUAGCGCAUUGUCGUGUCAGUUAAUGCUUCAAUAGUGUAAGAGUGUCAAAAGUCUAAAACACUUGUCGACUGUCGCGGCAGCAGCGACAAGUGAGCGUCUUCUAGCGAAUAAGGAGAGACUGCUGGCAGCAGGUGAAAUGUGAUGCAUCAUGCCUUGAUAUCGUCCGAUAUCCUUACGCUAUCAUAUCAACUUCAAGUAUGUAUAAAAUAUACGAGCAUCGUAGAUUGUGGGCGUUAAACGUCUUGCCGGGAGGUAGCUAGUUGGCUACCUUUUUAACACAGACGUCUGAGCUCCAGUUAUUCGUUCCAAAGUUCCACUUAUUUAUGAUGGUUGAUACUUCAAUGUCGGAAUUAUUGCAUUAUUGAAUUGAGAUUUCACGUAUUUGUGCGAUCAAUGUGUUAUUUUUCGAAAUGUACUUUUUUUUUAUAAUAGU